CGGCGGCGAGAGAGAACCCUAGAUGGUGCCGGAGGACGGGGCGCGAGCGGUUGCUGCCGCGGCUGCGGCUGCUGCUGCGGCAGCGGCGAUGGAUUCGCCCACCGCUGCGGAGCACCCCCCGGUGGAAUCGUACCAGCGACAGGUCGACGACAUCGCCUCCAAGACCGACGUGCUAGAGAAGAGAGUGAACGAGGUGACACGCUUCUUUGACGGCAAGAAGCAUGGCAGUGGAGGGCGGAAGGCCGGCGGUAGCAGCAGGUAUGCGACGAACGGUGCAAGGGAUUGCAAAGGGACGCCCGACCUUACGCGCCAGCUUGGUGGUAUCAUUCGCCAGAUCACAUCUCAUGAAUGGGCGGACCCAUUUCUGCAGCCAGUAGACGUUGUAGGUCUUCAACUUGAUGACUACCACAAGAUUAUAACCAAACCUAUGGACUUCUCAACCAUCCAAAACAAAAUGGAAGGGAAGGAUGGUACCAAGUAUAACAAUGUCCGAGAAAUAUAUUCUGAUGUUAGAUUAGUUUUUGACAAUGCAAUGACGUACAACGAUGAAAAUCACGAUGUUCACAUAAUGGCCAAGUUAUUGCUUGAGAAAUUUGAGGACAAGUGGCUCCAGCUUCUCCCAAAAGUUGAGAACGAGGAAAGGAAAAAGGAGGAACCAAAUGAUGUUCCAACCACAAAUAACACUACACCAGAAGCUACUGUUGGAAAAUUAGCAAAAGAUACUGAUGAUGAGCUGAAUGAGCUUUAUAAUCAACUGGAUGAGCUCCGGAGAAUGGUGGUUCAGAGAUGCAGGAAAAUGACCACAGACGAGAAGAGAAAACUCGGUGCUGGUCUUUGCCACUUGUCUCCCGAAGAUCUUAGCAAGGCACUAGAGUUGGUUGCACAAGACAAUCCUAGCUUCCAAACCUCAGCAGAAGAAGUGGAACUUGACAUGGACGCUCAGAGUGAGACGACCCUCUGGAGGCUGAAGUACUUUGUUAGGGAAGCAUUGGAAAGGCAGGCCAACGCAGCCGCCUCUGGCAAGGCUGAAGAGAGCGCGAAGAGGAAGCGUGACGAUAUCUACAAUGCUCUAGCCAAAACUGCUUCGAAACGAGUCAAGAAAUAGCCAUAGUAGCUCCUUGUUUCUCAUGGUUCAGUAUGUUUCUGUAGAAAUAGGUUUUUGUGGAACACUGCACGCCCUUCUGUGAAGACAUGUGUAUAUAUGAAGUCAUGAAGAUGCAUAUGAGCCAAGUUGUGACUGGUUACUUACGCCUAGUCUCAUAGCAGGUUACCAAUGGUUACAGUAUUGAGCAAUGUUGCUGC